ACCGCUGGCGCUGAGACGACGAGAUUUCCGCCGUCAAUAUCUCCCCCCUUUCCAUCGAUUCUCAUCAAGAAAUUACAUCUACGCGAUCUCGCAUGAUCAGACCUAUCCGGCGAUACUAAUUUUAUCCCCCCUCGCCCAUGGUUGCCGCCUAAAACGCGCCCCGAAGUUCGCAUGACUAGGUACGGGGGAAUGGGGAGGACGCGCCCGAAAAAGCUCACCUCCAAGGCCUCAAUCCCCAUAGUUCGAGAACAGGACAUAGAUGUCAUUGAGGACGAAGUCCAAAAUGCCCUACAACAGAUCGAAACCGGUGUUGAGAAGGCGGAGGAGUCCGAAUUCCAUCUGCAAGUCGCGAUAAGCGCAACUGCCCAAGGAAAAGUAAAUGAAGCCCAUAUCCCGACGCCGGAGACGCUCCUCAGUAAUCUCCGAUAUGACGAGCUUUACCCUCCUACUUUCUCGCAGCCCGCGACGUACAUCCGCUUCUCCUCCACCGUCGAGGAUUGUUGCGGAUGUGCAUACAACAUGACCGAUGAGGAUGAUGUCUUCCUCAAGAUCAUGAACCAAAAGCGGAAUGCUGGCGAACCGCCAUGCACCGAGGACCAAUUUGAGGAAGUGAUGAACUUCUUCGAAGAGACCACGCAGACCAAGCAACCAUUUGCUGCUGUAGAUAACCCUCCUGUCCUGAGCUUUGCAGACAUGCAGGAGUCCAUGGACGCAGCCGUAGAGGACAGCGUAAAGCAAUUCGCCAAGGACAUAUACGAGCAUUGGAAGUCAAGGAGGAUGAGCGACGGCAACCGGUCUCUCGUGUCAAACCUCAAGUUUGAAACCGGGCAAGAUACUGAUGACUCUGACCCAUAUGUCUGCUUCCGUAGGCGGGAAGUUCGCCAGAUCCGCAAGACCCGUGGUAGAGAUGCCCAGAGUGCCGAUAAACUGAGGAGACUCAGGAAAGAGUUGGAAGACGCUCGGCAGUUGGUCGCUUUGGUGCGCCAGCGCGAGGUGGCAAGGAAGGAAAUGCUUGCAGUUGAGAAGCAAGUUUUCCUGCAACGGUCCGAAGUCAAGGAGAUGAAGAGGAAACUCAACAUCAAGGAUGAUGAUGAGGACCUCAUCAACCAGAAGCCCAAGAAGAAGCCGGCAGAAGUGCCAGCAGCGCAGCGUCCCGCACCUCAACUUCGGAUGCCGCCAAAGGCCAGCACCCAAGUUACGGAGGAUUUGCAGCUCUUGGAGGAUGUUCAAGCAGACAAAGAGAACGAGAUCCUGCGCGAUAUCAAGCAGAACAUCUCGAAGCACGUCAAGUGGAACGAGGGCUAUUUGGACCUCACCACGGUGCCUCUUUCGCCAUCUCCGGAAAGGACGUUCGACGCUGCUUUUCGGCCGGCGAUUACCACACAACUGCCAACCCCUCCAUCAUCCGAUUCGUCAGAGAAUAUGUCGGGUUCAGCUUUAGAUACCUUCAAUUCCUUAGCCUUCCGGGAUAAUUUCGCUCCUCAUGCCAUGGAGUUGAGCGACGACACGAGCAAGAUGCCUGCGUUCAGGAGACGUAUCGGGCGUGGCGGACGCUUGUGGAUUGACCGUCGAAACUUCGCGUCGCGCUGUAGAGCAGAGAUGGAUCCUUGGAAAGCCGAUCGAUUCAAAUAUGACCAAGAGGAUUCGGACGAGGAGCCAGAGUAUGAACGCGAUCCGUACGACAUCCAACUUAUGCAACAUCGAGCCAUGAUCGUGGCCAAAGCCCGGGAUCAAGCAGCUCAAGCACAUGCGCAGGCGCAGGCUCAAGCCCAAGCCCAAGCCCAGGCCCAGGCCCAAGCACAGGCCCAAGCACAGCAGCGGCGAAUGCAAGCUGAACAAUCAGCGAAUAAUCCGCCAAACAUGGGACAGACAAUGGGAUCAAAUCCCGGGCCUGGUGCCGUUGCCCCUGUAGCCGAGACAUGAGCUGGGCUUUUCUUUUCUCUCUCCUCUUUAUCCCCCCUUUUAUUCUUUUAAUCCCCUGCACCACCUUUUUUUCACCUUUUCUCACCCCGCAUUUGACAGGCGUUCUUCAAGCUUGUUUUUUUUUUUCUCACGGACCCCUUGUACUUUUACACCCUCGACACACUGAUCGUGAGAUGCCUCUGAAAGUUUCUUCGAUUCCAACCCCAUACCCACAUAUUCACCUGCUCCCUGAGCAUUGUGAAGCAAACCAAAAAUUUCAGGAUAAUGUCGCAGAUGGAUGCUUUUUCUUUUUCUCAUGACAUGACCCUGUUAUGCCGCUGUUAGUGUACAUAGUGACCUGCUCUUUUGUUUCUCUCUCGACGCCGAUCAGUCGAUAGACUCUUGUAUGGAUAGCGAAGCUAUGAAGUCAGCAACGAAAUAAACAAAAAUCUAAUAUCCGAUACAAACGAGAAG